AUCUUAAUUGGUUUGUUGUCUAGUGGAUCAACACAUCUAGUGGGCUGCUUUGGUUCGGUUUUUCUCUUGGCUAGUUCGAUUCGGUCCGAUUCAGUCUCAAACCUAAUCCAUCCGUCGCUGCGGGCUGCGGGGCUCGUGCGCUGCGGGAGCCGCCGCUUCCCCGCCGCCGGGGUUGCGCCUCCCGUCGCUGCAGCCGAAGGGCUCGUGCGCCGCCUGGGUAUCCCUCCAGUUCAGCGGCGCCGGGUAAGCGAUGUGCACGCCGCUCAGAUCUUGUUUGGCUGGUAAUUUGCUCCUUUUAUUCCCAGAUCUUGUUUUGCUGCAAUGUGAAUUGCUUUUUACCACACCACGAGGUACAAGACGUACCCGGCGAGAUCACCGGCAUCGUCGUCUUCGCCUGCCUCAUCGCCUCUGUCGCCGGCUGCAUCUUCGGCUACGACAUCGGCCUCACCUCUCUAGUGCUCUGACGACGAGGGGUCUUGUUGGUGAUCGUGCAGCCGGGUUGACGUCGACGUAGCAGUUCCUGGUCAAGUUCUUCUCGUCCAUCUACGAGGAGAUGAAGAAGCAGAUGGUGGUGAACCAGUACUACAAGUUCGACAGCCUGCUCCUGACGGUCUUCAGCUCCUCCCUCUUCCUCGCCGCGAUGACCGCCGCCUUCCUCGCCGGGCCCCUGACCCGGGCCUUCGGCCGCAAGUGGACUCUGUUCACCGCCGCGUCCACGUACGUGUGCGGCGCGUGCCUCGGCGGCGUGUCCGUCAACUUCCCGAUGCUGGUCACCAGGCGGAUGCUCGUCGGCGCCGGCGUCGGACUCUCCAUCCAGGCGUCGCCGCUCUACAUCUCGGAGAUGGCGCCGGCACAGCAGCGCGGGAUGCUCAACAUCAUGUUCCAGCUGAUGAUCACGGUGGGGAUCCUGACAGCGAACCGCUCUUUGCAUGACCAAUUUGCUCUUUGCACACGCAACUGCGAAGUUCACCCGCCGGAAGUUAUUGGGUGAGACCGUGGGUUGGAAUGUGGUUUGGCUGA